AUGUCCACAUCCCAUAAAAACACAUCCAAAACUAGCUCCAAACACCCUAGAGUUGUCCCAUCUUCAAACAAUGUUCCCAAUCAACAUAAUCCACCAGUCCAACAACAAAUUGGUGUAACAUUCUCUUCACCCGAGCAAGAAGCUCGUUACCAUUGUCUAGGAGACUAUCUUUGCAUUCAUAGUCGAAAUCGACAACUUCUAACCCUCACUUAUCCACUGACCGGCAUGGAAUGGUGUCUUGAAUCCAAUUUAGGUGUUGCCAUGCCCAGAGCUAAUCUUGAGCUUGAUGUUGAUGAGCCUAUUCCCAAUGCUCCAAUUCCUAAUGCUAUUGUGCCAGUUUCGCAAGAGCCUCCCAUGCAUCCCUAUCAUGACAUGUACAUGCAAGAAUUUCAGCAGUUGCAUGCUGAUAAUAGGCGUUUGCAUUAG